AUGAAGAAGAGUGCUGAUGCUGAGUAUGACUUCUUGGAUUUCUGGGAAGCGAAUCAAAAGUACUUUGCUAUGAAGCAAGGAACAACAGAAAACUUGAUGCAUUUCAAGGGACGAUUCUUGAGGCAGGCUGAAGUCCUACAAGAUCCAUAUGGCGUGGCCUGGAUUUCUGUGCAGCUGCAAUCGAACGAGAACAGCUCCUCUGAUGCUGGAUCUUCAGACGAACUAUUGCAGAGAAGUGGAUUAUUAUCCAAAGACGGUCAGCAAAGCACAAGAUAUGUUGAAGAUUCACAUGGAUACAGACUGUUACCAAAGAUCCAAUGGAAGAAUCAGGAUCAAUAUGUUGGCUAUGGGAAGAAGCUCAAUCUUAAUCAGAUUGGAGCAACUGUCCCAGCUACUGUUCCAUCCAUAGUUCCUGGAGCUUCAUCAUCCACAAGUGGAGCAUCAAGUGUUGCGGGAAGCGUUAACACACCUUUGCGACUUGCUGGUACUACAGGUAAUCAAAUGAUGCAAGUUCCUUCUGGAAUGCAGCUCAUGCAGAUUCCAACUCAAGCUGGCGGCACUGUUACUGUCCCUUAUUCUAUGAAUGCUAACGGUGAGAUUGCGUUCAGUGGAAUGCAACUCAGCCAACAAGGCUUCAGUGGUGCUCAAGUGCGCCAAGGAUUUGAUGCAACUCAAGCUCCAACUCGGCAAGCUGUGAAAACUGGAUAUUUUGAUACAUCAAAUGUCUUUCACAAUGCUAUCAAGGGAAAGGAUGAGAAUGGCAAUGAUGUCUAUCUUAUUCCAUGUCCUGCUGGUACGACAAACAGUCUAUCAUGA